CGCUGCUUGUCAUGUCUUCAACACCCAAAGCCGAGGAUUUCCCCUCGCAGUCAACGGAAACAUUGAAUGAGACCGCUACCCUUAGGAACGCGCUUCCAAAAACCAAAUCCAAGGGGCAUCACAGACCCAGACGUGCUUGGGUGUAUGGCUUCUGGGUGAAGUGGAGACAUUUCCGCCGGCUUUCUGAGAAGUACGGCCUCGAUUGGCAGAAUCACCCAGUGGCCGUGUCCUUCGACAUAUUUGACCAUCUAUGGGCUGCGGCGCGUGUAUUGUGUCGCAUCCGCGGUGUUAAUUAUCAAGGGAAAAGGGCUAUGAUACUAGUGUUCGCGGAGGAUGAUGACAGACGAAGAUUGAAGAAAAACAAAUAUUCGGCAAAGCAAAUGGAUAGGUUUCGGAAGGAGUUGGGGCUUCCAAAAGGGACCAAACCACGGUGGUUCGAGGUCGACGGCGAGAAUUACGAUCCAGAUGUAGCUCUUGAGAGUGAAGACGAGGAGUUCCCCGACGCCCUCGAUGAGCACCCGAGUUUCAGGGCGGCAGAUCGAACUUUAAGAGAUAUUGCUGACGAACUAGCCAUGAUGGAAGAGGAGGAGGCUUAACACUGCAGCUGUGAAUUGCUUCAAUUGCAGCAUUUCUUACGAGUUUAACGUGUACUCCUUUUUGUUUUGUAUAUCAAACCCUAGC